CUCAAUCCCGUGCUUCGGAUACAAACGCUUGGCCUGCACUGAAGCUGUAUUUUAUAGUAGUUGCGCACCUCAACAGUUCACACAGAACUAUGGGAACCGGAGUGGGAAGUAGUGCUUUUCUGCCUUGUUCUGAUGAUUUAAUGGCAAAAGAAGAACUUCAUCUUGUUCUGUGGUGGUUGUAACCUCCGCUGUAGUUGCGUUUAUUUUAUGUUUUACUUUUUUUUUUUCAUGAAUCCUGGGGAUAUUUGAGCUUGGUCAUAAAAGGAAGCGUGCAGUCAGUGGUUCGGUGGAUUGACUUCUCAAGUAGGAAUGGCCACUGCAAGGCUUGAUUACGUUGCUCCGUGGUGGACAUACUGGCUGCACAAUUUCCCUCACUUCAAUUUCUUUUUCCAGUCGGUCGACAACACUUUCACACCGGAGGAAGCGAGCUAUCAGCAGUCUCUGAUAUUUCUAGCAUGUGUUGGUGCAGUGGGUCUGGGUCUGAGCCUGCUGGUUCUGACAGUAUGCCUGGUCUGCUUGUGUUGCUGCCGCAGGGACUUAGAUGAAGACACCAAAAGACCUGAUACCUGCUGCCUCACUUGGUCUGCUGUCAUCACAGGCCUCAUUAUAUGUUCUGCUGUAGGAGUGGGUUUCUAUGGAAACAGUGAGACCAACGAUGGGGUGUACCAGCUGACCUACUCGCUCUACAAUGCCAAUCACACAUUGGGUGGCCUCAACAAUCUGGUUGCAGGAUCUCUGGGCAAUGUUCAAACUGGACUCAAGCAGCACCUGGAACGACUGGAUGAAAUCUUUUCCACAAACCCAGACUACCUCCAAUCUCUGCGCUUCAUGAAGCUGAUGGUUAACAACGUCAUUCGUGAGAUGAAUACUCUGCCUGAUAUCACCAAAGCAAAUGUUGAUUUGGCAGCCAUUGCUGACCAAACGGCUUUAAUUGAGUAUUACAGAUGGCUGACCUUUUUGCUGUUGCUGAUCCUGGAUCUGGUCAUCUGCUUGGCCAUAUGCUUGGGGAUGGCCAAGCAGUCUCGAUGGCUCCUUAUCACGAUCAUGGCUUUUGUAGUGCUGUCUAUGAUCCUCAGCUGGGCCUCACUGGGAGCGGGCACUGCUACAGCUGUGGGCACCAGUGACUUUUGUGUGUCUCCAGACAAGUUUAUUGUUAACCAAACCAAGGAUUUCCUCAGUGAAGAUGUUGCACACUAUUAUUUGUUCUGCAGUCCGAAUCUACCAAACCCUUUUCAACAGUCUUUGACAAUCUGCCAGCGUUCUUUGACCACCAUCCAAAUCCAGAUCCAGGGCUUGCUGCAGUUCUCGUUGCCCUUCUUUCCUACUGCUGAGAGAGACCUUUUGGGGAUCCAGCGACUGCUCAACUCCACCGAGUUCAGUCUCCACCAGCUAACAGCUUUGCUCGACUGCCGCGGGCUACACAAGGACUACCUGGAUGCCCUAAUGGGUGUGUGCUAUGAUGGGGUGGAAGGGCUCCUCUACCUCUCUUUGUUUUCUCUGCUGGCUGCCUGUGCACUCUCUGCCAUGCUGUGUGCAAUUUUUAGAGUGUGGACACUAAUAGGCAGCAGGGACAAAGAGUAUGACGACAUAGAUGAGGAGGACCCGUUCAACCCAGAAGCGCGGCGGCUAUCCUACAACCCCAGAAGGUCCAACAUCCACAGUUUCUGUAGCUAUACCAGCAGCCUCGGUAGCCAGGCCAGCCUUCAUCCACCUCCACAAUCUGCCUCGAAUGUCAUGCCACCUCCUGAAUACAUGAAUCAGUCCAUGCUGUUUGGAGGGAGUCCUCGAUAUGAAAACGUGCCGCUGAUAGGGAGAGGAUCCCCACCUCCCUCGCUAGUUUUAACCAGUAACCACACACCCCCUUGUAAAGCUGCAUACGUACCUCAGCUGUUAGACCUUGGACCUUCCGGCACUGUUUUAUCCACAGAGUGUUUUAUUACUCGCCCAGUAUGAGGACCACUUAUCUAUCUAUGACUGACGCCCAGAUCAGACACUUUGGGACUGACUUCCAGGUGUAACCUGCUACCUACGGAAUCCGCUUUAGAGAAGCACUGUCUGAGAUGCUGGGUUUAUACCAAGGAGGUUGUCUUAAUGGCAUAAUCUCACUGUUCCAAUCUGAGACAUGAAAGCAGGCCAUAUGAGGCAUUUACCGCAGUAAGACACCAAUGCAGUGCUCAGAAAGCCCUGCAUGCAGUUCUGAACAGAGACGACCUGUACAGGUUCCUCUCAAGACUGUUGUGGAUGUUGUCAUGAUGUAUGGAAACACUGUUGCUCCAAUAUAAGCAUUUAUAUAAGCCAAAUCAAGAGCCUUUGAACUGAUUUGAUGAAAAAAAUGUUUUCCGCUUUUUUCUGUAUUCUGGUAGCCUGCAAGGAUAUGAUCAUCGAUACGGUCAUUUGGAUGACUGAAUAUGACCCAUAGAACUUCCAUCAUUGUGAUUUUUUUUCUAAAUCCCUACUCUUUUGGAGUUACUUAAUUCCUUCAUAUUCUGCCUUUGUGCAAUUUGUAAUGGUGCAAAAUGAAAUCAAACCAUAUUUUCAAGUUUUCUAAAUAAUAAACAAAUUUAAAACCAUACCAAAUAUUGUGCUUUUGUUGCGAAGAGCCAAAGAUGCAACUAAUUUGAUAUCUGUGAUCAAUUUAAAUUUUCUCUUUCUAGGUAACUACCACAGGUUUAGGCAUCUCAUUGCUCUAUUCAGUGUAUGACCUGCUGAUCAGGGAUCAGUCAGAUGGUCGUAGCUGAGGGGUUUAUCAUUGUUUUGCUACAUUUGUAGACCAUAUAGCAGUAGCAUGUGGGUACAUUUCCCUGGAUUAAAUAAGCACAACAGAAUGGGAUUUAAUUUACUUCCAGGAAUGUAUCACUGUGCUGUGACACAGCUGGUAAAACAUAAACUGAAUUUGCAUAACUUUAAAGUUGUUCUAAGAUCCAUCUACCCUCAUUAUCUUG